GUUGUUAGAGUAGUGCUACAUUUUAGGUAAAAAAUCGUUUUACGAUAUUAUAAAUGGAAUCUAUAGAUUUGUUAGCUCGAGAAAAUGAAUUUAAGAAACUCAAUAAGCAACUGGAGAAAAAAACGGAGACGUUGAUGAAGGAAAUAGAACAAGUUAUGCAAAAGCAAGACAUAUUCUCCGAGUUCUCAAACAGAUUAAUAAAAUCACCAAACAGGCAUACAAGAAAACAUUGUGACACACCCCCCACCCCAGAAAAAACACCCACCAAAGUACAGACUAAAAAAAAAGAAAAAGGCGCCAAAAAUUCUAAUACAGAUUAUAUAACGGGCACAGAUAAUGAAAUUAAAAAGUGUAUUUCGAAUGUGUGUGAGUGGUGUCAUUUGAGAAGUAAAGAAAGUGAUCAUAUGGAGUUUUUGUAUGCGUUUGUUUCUGUAAAUGUUAAGGAGAAUGUGCUGCCGCAGUCGUUUGUUAAAGAUCGAGUCACAGUGGAGAGUGUAUGUAAAUUUCUAUCAGCCAAAGUGAAACUUAUGCAGGAACAAAUAGACAAAUUACAAGCUACUAUCGAUAAAAUGGCGAAACAAUGCGAAGCUCACAUGGGCCAAUUAGCUUGUAUGGAAAGUGAGAGACUGUCGCUUGUGAACAGAGCGAACAGUCUCCGGUCAGAAGCGGCCGAUGUGAGGGCCAAGUGUGCGGCUGCCAAUAAUAAGUUGAGUGAAAAAGACCGUCUGUACAAAGAGCAGAGGAGCGUGACGGACAAACUUACAGUGGAAGCGAAAAAUCUAAGAUCGAAAAAUGCAACCUUGGAAGCGCGAGGCGCGUCGCAGGAAGAGGCUAUAGCGUCGCUCAAACAGCAGUUGGAAUCUGUGAAAUUGUCUGAAAAGGAAUUCCGCGACGCAACCCGCAACCUAUCAACAUCACACCAAAACGCCAUCUGUCGGCUUGAAGCUAAAGUUAAAUCUCUAACAUCACGCAUAGACAAACAAACAGCACUCAUAGACAAUUUGAAGAAACAGAACGCGCUGUUGACGACAGAGGGCGCUUUAAAAGUAUUGGAGCGGGAAUAUAAUGAAUUUUUGAAUUCCGAUUUGCAAUAAAAAAUUUGUAUUUUUAA